AACCAGACGGCGACAACAUGGCGGAGCGGAGGAGACAUAGGAAGCGGAUCCAGGAAGUUGGUGAGCCGUUCAAAGAGGAGAAAGCUGUAGCCAAAUACCUACGUUUCAACUGUCCAACAAAAUCUACCAACAUGAUGGGCCACAGAGUUGAUUAUUUUAUUGCCUCAAAAGCUGUGGACUGCCUUUUGGAUUCUAAAUGGGCAAAAGCCAAGAAGGGAGAAGAAGCCUUAUUUACAACUCGAGAGUCUAUAGUUGACUAUUGCAACAGACUCCUAAAGAAACAGUUCUUUCACCGAGCAUUGAAAGUGAUGAAAAUGAAGCCUGAUAAGGAUGCAAAAAAAGAGAAAGAGAAAGAGAAAGGAAAGACUGAGAGUGGGAAAGAGGAUGAGAAAAAGAGCAAGAAGGAAAGUGGCAAAGAUGAAAAGACUAAGAAGGAGAAAGAGAAGGAAAAGAGAAAGGAUGGUGAGAAAGAAGAGUGCAAGAAGGAUGAGAACCCAGGAACACCCAAGAAAAAGGAAACCAAGAGAAAAUUUAAACUUGAGCCACAUGAAGAUCAAGUUUUUCUGGAUGGAAAUGAGGUGUAUGUGUGGAUCUAUGACCCAGUUCAUUUUAAAACAUUUGCCAUGGGACUUGUUCUUGUGAUUGCGGUUAUAGCUGCAACUCUCUUCCCGCUUUGGCCUGCAGAGAUGCGAGUAGGUGUUUAUUACCUCAGCGUAGGCGCAGGCUGUUUCGUAGCCAGUAUUCUCCUCCUUGCUGUUGCCCGCUGCAUUCUCUUCCUUAUUAUUUGGCUGAUAACUGGAGGAAGGCAUCACUUCUGGUUUUUGCCAAAUCUGACAGCAGACGUGGGUUUCAUUGACUCCUUCAGGCCCCUGUACACACAUGAAUACAAGGGACCAAAAGCAGACUCAAAGAAAGAGGAGAAAUCAGAGUCCAAAAAGCAGCCGAAGUCUGACAGUGAGGAGAAAUCAGAUAGUGAGAAAAAGGAAGAUGAGGACGGAAAAGUCGAAGCAACAGGCAACUCAGGAGCAGAUGGCUCUGGAGGGGAGCGGCAUUCAGACACAGACAGUGAUAGGCGUGAGGAUGACCGAUCCCAGCAUAGUAGUGGAAAUGGAAAUGAUUUUGAAAUGAUCACAAAAGAGGAACUUGAACAGCAAACUGAUGAAGGAGAUUGUGAGGAAGAGGAGGAGGAGGAGGAGGAGGAGGAAGAAGAAACUAGGCCUUUACAUGAAAAAUCCUAACUCACUGUAGUUUUGAGACUGAAUAUGUGCAAAACAAUUGGAUUUUCUUCAUUGGCUGAUCACCAAAAUGUAGUUACAGUAACAUUCUUCCCAUUUGUUUGCUGAAAUACACGUUAUCCAAACAGUUUUA